UGCACAGUCACCAGUUGCCAUUGGCUCGUUCAACUGAACGCAUCGAGAUAGUCUGCCUUCAGGCGCAGUGUGGUCAAUCGGAUUUGUUUUCUUAAUUGCUAAAAUGGAACGUUGGAGGGGGAAAGUGGCAGUUGUGACUGGAGCAUCAGCCGGUAUUGGUUUGGCUAUUGCCAAAAGUCUGAUUCGUGAAGGAUUGACUGUUGUGGGCCUUGCCCGCAGGAAGGAAAAGAUGCUGAACGAAAUGAAAAGUGUGAAAGGACCUGGAAAGUUCAUCGCUAGAGAGUGCGAUGUAUCCAAAGAAAAGGACAUCGACGAAGCUUUUGAUUAUGUCAAGGACACGUUCAAAACAAUCCAUAUUCUUAUCAAUAACGCUGGCAUCGUUAAAAUUAAUACGAUCGAAGAUUCUGACUUGAAGGAUAUGCAACAAGUCAUCAACGUCAAUUUUGUGGCUCUUGUGCACUGCUCAAAACGAGCAAUAAAAUUAAUGAAAGAAGGCGGUCACGAAGCACACAUCAUCAAUAUAAACAGUACUGCGGGCCACAAAGUACCAAACGUCGUAUUUCCCGAUGGCAAGAGAGUGGAUUUGAAUGUUUACUCACCCACCAAAUUCGCUGUUACCUCGAUCUCUGAAGUUUUGACUAACGAACUAUUGGGCAGUAAAAUCCGUGUCACGAGUAUUAGUCCGGGAUAUGUAAAAACUGAAAUUGGAGGAGAUGACAUAAAAAGUAUCUCUGGAAAGGAAGAAAAUAAGGUUCCAGCUUUGAAUGCAGAAGAUAUAGCGGAUGCCGUUGUGUACAUUGUUGGAACUCCUCACCAUGUUCAAAUAACUGAGCUGAAGAUAAGACCAUUGGGAGAAUAUUUUUGAUUGUAAAAUACUCGCGUUUUAUCAAGCUAAAUUUAUAAGUCAGAAAUAUCACAUUUUAAAAUAUGUGAUAAAAAAAUAAAAUCGUAUAGCCUGCCAAAUGCAUGAACAAUUUAAAAAGAAUGUUAUCCUCAUUUCACGAGUUGAUGUACUAAAUUGUCUUCACCAUUCUUUGAGAUUUUUUAAUUAAAGGAAAAAAAUGCACGGUUUUAUUAUAUACACAAACUAUUGUGCCCAGUAAUAUGGUAUGAAUCAGCGUAUAUUAAUGCUGUUUAUAUUACUGUGUACUCACGCUGCGUUAUUGUUCACAAUAAUUUGUAUAUAUACAAUAAAACUGUAUGUAAUUGUCCGCACGUCAAGAACAAAAUCUCAAUAUUAAAUCAUUGUAUAUAUAUAUAGUAUUUGAAAAGAUGUUCUAUUGUUCUGUUGUUUUGUAUAACUUCAUAAUUACUUUCAUUACUUUUAUCUGCCAUUUGUAAUAAAUAAAUUUUAAAGCA